AUGGACCUACCUAGCUUCGAUCCCGAUGCUGAGAAACUGCCAAAGUUGAGCGAGCUCCCAUCCAUCGAUGGUGCUCCCUCGAACGCUGCGUGGUUCUGGGGCAAGCAUGACCAGCUGGGACGUUUGAAUCUUUUGACGCCGCGCAGAAUCGCGAACGCAGCGAAACAAAUCCAAACGGGGAAAACCGUGUGCUUGAAUUUCCCCGCCGAGCUCCCGGCUCCGCCAUUUUUUGGUCGGCAGGGCUUCAAGCACGAGAUCAAGGCGAUCACAGACUAUGCAUAUGACGACUUACACACGCUGAACACCCAAAGUGGCUCACAGUGGGAUGGGUUUCGCCAUGUCGGCAUUAAUCACAACGACUCCUUCAUCUGGUACAAUAAUACCACUCGGGCCCAAAUUCUGAGUACGGAAAAACUGGGAAUCCAUCACUGGGCGAAAAAGGGGAUCGCCGGAAGGGGAGUCUUGAUCGACUUCUACUCGUACUCGAAGCGGUCCUACGAUCCGUUCACGGCUAGAAAGAUUACCGUGGAGGAGAUCGAGGCUUGUGCACGAGCGUGCCAUGUCGAAUUCAACUAUGGCGAUAUCCUCGUCGUCCGGACCGGGUGGUCCGAGGCGUACAAAAAGCUCGAUGCAGAUGGGCGGAUGAAGAUCGGGUCGAAAAGUAAUUCAGAGCUGGAGUUUGCCGGGUUGAGCCGAGGAAACAGCAUGCUCGAGUUUCUUCACGACAACUAUUUCAGUGCGGUUGCGAGUGACUCGCCGGCUUUCGAGUCGUGGCCGUUCGACGAACCCGAGCAUCUCCACUACUACCUCCUGCCUCGGUGGGGAGUCCCGAUUGGUGAAAUGUGGGAUCUUGAUGGGCUGGCCGAACUAUGCCAGAAGACCGGCAGAUACACCUUCUUCUUGGCGAGCAGUCCUGCCAAUGUUCAAGGUGAGGGACUUUCCCCAUAUUACAAGACAGUAAUGUGA